GAUAUCUGCAUUGCAUCAGCAUCAGAAGAGGAGCAUCGAGAACAUAUACGCGUCGUGUUCGAACGUCUCCAGCAAAAUGGACUUGUACUCAACCUAUCCAAGUGCAAAUUCGGUCUUGCUGAGGUGGAUUUUCUGGGUUACCGUGUUUGUAGUGAUGGAAUCAAACCUGAUCCCGAGCGUGUUCGUGCAGUAGAAGAGUACAAAUUACCGGACACCGUCAAGGAGCUACGACGAUUCUUGGCCUUGGUAAACGGAUACAAACGUUUCAUACCUCGAGCAGCAGAAACGCAAAAACAUCUGCAGGAUCUAAUCCCCGGAAAUCGAAAAAAUGACAAACGCAAGCUGAAUUGGACACCAGCAGCGGAAAAAUCAUUCAACCAAUGUAAAACCAACCUCGCAAACGCAGCUUUAUUACAGUAUCCGGACGCUUCUAAGACGUUGGGAUUAAUGAUCGAUGCAUCUGACGUUGCAGCAGGGGCAGUGUUACAGCAGCUUGUGAGUGGAGCCUGGAGGCCAAUUGGAUUUUUUUCGAUAAAAUUUUCGCCUUCACAGAGAAAAUAUUCGGUUUUCGGACGUGAGCUUACCGCUAUGAAGUUAGCCGUCAAGUAUUUUCGGCAUCUGGUUGAGGGUAGGAACUUCGUCAUCUACACCGAUCAUCGACCUUUAACGUACGCCUUGAACUCUUCAUCAAACCAUUUGCCACACGAACAACGUUACCUGGAGUACAUAUCAAGUUUCACCAAAGACAUUCGUCACAUAAGUGGCAAAAACAACUUUGCAGCAGACGCGCUUUCCAGGGUAAGUGUAGUUACUAUGCCAUUGGGAAUAAAUUUUGCAGCAAUAGCAGAAUCGCAAAAUGACGACGAGGAGUUGAAGCAGCUCUUAAAUGCUAAGAAAACAUCGUUGAUUCUCGAAUUGAAGCAAAUCGAAAGCUUCGACCAGCCCGUCUACUGCGACGUAAGAAACAAUCGAAUGAGGCCAUUCGUAUCCAAGCAACAUAGGGAGCAUGUUUUGAAAAUUAUACACGGUCUAUCACAUCCAGGAGUUCGCGUCGCUUCAAACAUGUACAUAUCGAUCUGGUCGGCCCAUUGCCAACAUCUGGCGGAAACAAAUACUUGUUAACGAUGAUCGACCGGUACAGCCGAUGGCCAGAAGCUGUACCAUUACCGGAUAUGCUCGCCGAAACAGUAGCAAAGGCAUUUUGCAAUGUGUGGGUAUCCCGAUUUGGUGUACCAGAGAUUAUAUCCACCGACCAAGGGCGACAGUUCGAAUCGGAGCUGUUUUUGGAAAUGACUCGAGUUUUUGGAACACAUCGCGUACGAACGACUGCUUACCACCCCCAAGCCAACGGAUUGGUAGAAAGAUUCCAUCGGACCCUUAAGGCAGCCAUCAUGUGUGUGGACGCUAAACACUGGUGUGAUAAAUUGCCAUUAAUUUUACUGGGUCUGCGAUCAGCCGUACGAGAGGAUAUCAACUGUUCAGUCGCAGAGAUGAUUUACGGACAGCCAAUUCGAAUACCGGGAGAAUUCUACGACACCGCUUCCAAGGACAUAGAUCGCACCGAGUUUGUUAAAACGUUGCGGCAGUUGAUUCAGCAAGUUGGACCGAUCGGAAAUAGAAACCAUGCUAAACAACACGUGUUCAUACCCAAUGAUUUGAAAACCUGUAAGCAUGUUUUUGUACGAGUCGAUACCGUCAGGCGCGCAUUGCAGCACCCAUAUGAUGGUCCAUUCGAAGUCAUCGAGCGGAGUGAUAAAUCCGUGCUAGUUUUCAUGAAGGGAAAGAAACAGAGGAUCUCGUUGGAUCGUGUUAAGCCUGCAUACAUCUACAACUCGGAAAUGGAGAACGAUUAUGACGAUAACAGGAAAAUCAAAGUUACCCCAGCAGGUCACAGGGUCCGUUUCAUGGUGUAACUGGAGGGGGACUAUGUGGCAACACUGCCUCUUGAAGAGAAAGACCAAAGUAGAGAAGAAAGUCAGUUAGUGCGUGACAGUUAAAGAUAACGGACGUAUACGUUUUCUGAAUAAAAAGUAUUCUUUC